GGGCACAAAGCUAUGGAUAAUAAUGGAAUACUUAGGUGGAGGGUCAGCUUUGGAUCUUCUGCGUGCGGGCCCAUUUGAUGAGUUCCAGAUUGCUACCAUGCUAAAGGAAAUCUUGAAAGGUCUUGAUUACCUACACUCAGAGAAGAAAAUUCACAGGGAUAUAAAAGCUGCCAAUGUCUUGUUAUCAGAACAAGGCGAUGUUAAGCUUGCUGAUUUUGGAGUUGCUGGGCAGCUGACAGACACGCAAAUUAAGAGGAACACCUUUGUCGGCACUCCGUUUUGGAUGGCCCCUGAAGUUAUUCAGCAGUCAGCGUAUGAUUCAAAAGCUGACAUCUGGUCACUGGGAAUCACUGCUAUUGAACUAGCCAAAGGGGAGCCUCCCAACUCUGAUAUGCAUCCGAUGAGAGUUCUGUUUCUCAUUCCGAAAAACAAUCCUCCAACUUUAUUAGGAGAAUUCAGUAAACCUUUUAAAGAAUUCAUUGAUGCGUGUCUGAACAAAGACCCAACGUUUCGCCCUACUGCAAAAGAACUUCUGAAGCACAAAUUCAUUAUGAAAAAUGCCAAGAAGACUUCAUAUCUGACAGAAUUGAUUGAUAGGUUUAAGAGAUGGAAAGCAGAAGGACAUAGUAGUGAUGAAAGUGGUUCCGAUGAUUCAGAUUCGGAGUCUAGUAACAAAGAAAAUAAUUCUCAUCCUGAGUGGAGCUUUACUACAGUUCGAAAGAAGCCGGAUGCAAAGAAGCUACAGAAUGGGACGGAUCAGGAUCUUGUUAAAACCCUGAGUUGUUUAACUAUGAUAAUCACUCCUGUGUUUGCUGAGCUCAAACAGCAGGACACAAAUAAUGCUAGUAGAAAGAAAGCGAUUGAGGAACUUGAGAAAAGUAUCAAUAUGGCAGAAACAACAUGUCCAGGGAUCACAGAUAAGAUGGUGAAGAAACUUAUGGAGAAAUUUCAGAAAUUUUCUGUUAAUGACUCAUCCUAAGAAACUUCACAUAAUUGACUGCUGUUUCAUAUGGACCCAGUGAAACCCACCAGACCUACUUCAAGCUUGGCAGUGCUUAGCUCAUGAGCUCCUUGUGCCUUUGGAUCUUUGCAACAUAUUGAUGGUGAUUGAGGAUUUGAAAGAGCCUACUCAGCUAUUUUGUGGCAGUGCACAUGGUUUUAUAUUUUCAGGAAAUUAUUUUGUAAAGAACAACUUUUAAUAUUGUAGUUUCACCUGUUUAAUCUGAUAAAUGUUGAGGUGCGGUUUUGCUUUUAGAAAUAACCAUUGCUUUAGUUCAUAGAAAAGUGCAAGUACAAUAUGUUUUGAUGCUAUUUUGUUCCUGUACAUGGGGUUGUACAGGUCUUUUGUAUUCAUGAGUUAAACUUUUGUAAAUCACUAACGAGCUUCAGAGAAAAUAGCUUUUUCACAAGCGUAUACAAAACAUGUAACGUAGUGGCAAGGGUAUUGCUGUAGCACCUGCUUCAACCAGCAUAUAGUUAUUGUGCCCUGACAAACAAACCUGCAACAGUAUCUAUUAUAAUUCUAAAUUGGUACAGUAUUUUAGGCAGCUCUAUGAUUAAAUAUAUUUGAGAGCAAUAUGUCAGUAGUUUGCAGGUGAUAUGUAGCAACAGGUAUAUCCUGAUGUACAGUAUAUGUAUUACCUUUUAGAACAGGUUUUGAAGUAGUAAUUCAAUCUUAUAUCAUCAUGGUAGGAAAAUUUAGAGCAAUACAGUUGAGGGGGUGGGGCUUUUGGCAAUAAUGGACAAAACCUGAAGUCCAAUUUAACUUAAUUUAAUUUUUUGCCUCUGAGUAUACAUGCCUGGGUGGAAGGGAGCCAGAGAAGCCGAGCGUCACAUGAUACAUACCUCACGAGCAGGUAUAAGUGUAACACCAGCAUUCUGUGUGGUGGUGUUGUUUCUCCUGUAAGAUAUUUAUACACAUUUUUGUUCUUAAAUACAUUAAAUACAGUACAUCAACAUAAUUUGUUUAUAAUUUUCUGAAAGUGUAUUUUAAAUAUGUAUUUACCAGUUAAUAUGCAAAUAACUGAGUUAUAGAUAUUCUUUCACAAAAAAAGGUAGUACUGUGCAGUACAGAGUGAUUAUUUUUUAAUUUUUUUCUUGAAAAGUAGGUAAGACUAUAAAGUUGCUUUCAGUUAUAUAUUUAUGGUACUGCUAGAUGGGUAAUAUCUUCGUUUCUGUUCUUUUUUUCCCUUUUUCAACCCAGUAUGUAUAUUAUGCUGAAGUUUUGAACUGGGAUUGUUUUUCAGUGCUUAGCUGUGGAACUGUUGGUGUAAAUUUAUUUUUGAUAAAGGCUGGGUGUGUUUAUUUUAUGGUUCAGACCUGCACAUUUUGUUUUUGCACAAAAGUCAUUUUAAAGAAUCUGAAAUAUAUCUGCCAAAUAUUGAAAAAGUAAUGGUGUGCAAGUAAAUACUGCAUUUCUAGUCAGCUGUUGCCAUUACAUCGUUUUUAUAUAAAGGACACUUGUGAGAGAUGGUGGUUAGAUAUGCCAAGGACAAUUAUUUUCAAUGGUGCCUACACUGUAAAAAAAAUUACUUUUAACUCCUUGUUUUAAUUUUAAAAAAAAUGUUUCUGUUUAAAACUUUCAUCUGCUAUAUAACUGAAAUUCAAUUAGAAUUUAUAUCUGAGAAAAAAAGUCUGGAAAUAGUUUUUGAAAACAAUGUUAUGGAUUAAAUAAAUAUUUUUAUAAAUAUAAAAGCA